AUGGUAUCAAACCGUCGUAUCACUGGCUUUUUCAAACCUACCCCCGACGCUUCCUCGUCCUCCGGUCUGCCCGACGAAGCUUCUGGCUGGGACCUCCGUCUACCUCCGCGAAUUUUUGCUACAGACCGUUACCCCGACGCUAGGCUGAAUGUAUACUCUCGGCCGGACAUCCUUACAGUCGUAUGCAAGGUCCUUCGAGGCACUCCCGAGUUUGAACGAAUUUUGAACUCUAGUUUGGGUUCCCUUUUUAGGCUCCGCAUCUGCGAGUGCCCAAUGUCUUGUAAGUUAAUCCACGCGCUUCUCUGCAGACAAGUAUUGUCCAAGAAGAAGUACGAGUUGUGGACAGUUUUCGGUGGAUACCCCCUCCGCUUUUCGUUGCUCGAGUUUGGCGUCGUUUCUGGGUUGUCAUGUGCUGAGUUUCCUGAAGAUUACGACCCGGAAUUGGACCCAUGUGCUGAUUCCUCCGACGCUUCUUUUUGGGAUGAGUUGAUUGGCCCCAAUCGGAAGACCACGCUAGCAGAUAUAAGCAAGACUUUUGAAGAUAGGGAAACUACUGAUCCAGAAAAAAAACUCCGCCUUGCACUUAUUCUCAUUGUUGACGGCGUGCUUAUCGCCUCUAGCCAGACUCACAAACCCACAUUCAAGUACGUUGAAAUGCUCAGAGAUGUCGAUGCCUUUCUAUCAUUCCCUUGGGGCCGAGAAUCCUUCCUCAAGACUAUAUCGACGAUGAGGCCUGAUAUAAAAUGUCUCAGCCAACCAUCGACAAAGAAACCCAGGCUUCAUACCAAGUGCACCACUCCGUUGCAAACUUUCAUAGAUCAGUUGCAACAGAAGUCAUUUCGUUUGCAAGGCUUCCCGCUAGCACUUCAGCUGCUAGCAUAUCGGAAUAUCCCUUCUUUACUCGACAAGAUUCAUGGGUCUGCUGAUCGACGCACUUUUUUGGAUUGGUUUUCAGUUGGCAUUCCAAAGAACAACCUUCCCCUUACGGACGUCUUGUCUAUCGAACACUCCGAUAAGGUUAUUUUUGCACACCCCAUCCACAUGGAUACUCCCUUUAAAUCAUCAUGGUUACUUACAUCUUAA